AUGGAGAGACUAACUCCCGACAUUCGGUAUGGUUUCUUAAGCAUAAACUCGUUCAGAUUUUGUAUAACAGUUUUAUUGCAGAAAUUGCGAACACGUUGUGAGGUCUGUGUAAUAAUGGUGGAUGUGUGCCGAAAGAGAGAUGACCAAAAUGGAGUACAGUUUUUCUCAUUCGCCCUGCGCGCGUUCACAAAAAUGGGGAGCGGAGGGAUGUCAGAGGAUGAAGACAGUGUGGAAAAGGUGAUCGUUGGUGACCGGGAAUUAGAGGAAGCUGUGAAGCUACCUAUGUCUUUGCCAUUCCGCCAUUCUGUUAUGACGACGAUCGCCGUGGUUGUCGAUAAAGUUCCUCAAGUCGAAAAGAUGCAUUUUGUUCAGAGCGGAAGGACAAGCAAGCGUAGAAUUCGAGACAAUCUUAGGUGCAGGAAGUCAGCGCGGAAACCGCCUAGCGGGUGGCCAGUUUCUUUCUUUGCGGAUGGUUACCUCGAGUCUUUGCCAGAGUACGAGCGAGAUAAGCUGCGUGUGUCCAAAAAGAUAUUUCCUCUCUACAGUUUGGAGAAGAUGCCGGAGCAAUACCUGUAG